CCGCCCCUCUGCACGACACGCACGGGGCGGCGCACAGGUGGGCGGGUCCUAGCGGCGCGGACUGACGGCGGCGGGAGUCCGCGAUAGCUUCCUCGGCGCUGGCCCACGCGGCUCGCACGCUCAGCGGGGCAACAUGGCGGACGCGGAAGUACUUAUUUUACCGAAGAAACAUAAGAAGAAAAAGGAGCAGAAAUCCUUAGCAGAAGAAGAUGUAGCAGAAAUACAACACGCUGAAGAAUUUCUCAUCAAACCUGAAUCCAAAGUGGCUCAGUUGGACACAUCUCAGUGGCCCCUGUUGCUAAAGAAUUUUGAUAAGCUAAAUGUAAGGACAACACAUUAUACACCUCUUCCUUGUGGUUCAAAUCCUUUGAAGAGGGAGAUUGGGGACUAUAUCAGGACAGGUUUCAUUAAUCUUGACAAGCCUUCCAACCCCUCUUCCCAUGAGGUGGUAGCCUGGAUCCGGCGAAUACUCCGGGUAGAGAAGACAGGACACAGUGGUACCCUGGAUCCCAAGGUGACUGGUUGUUUAAUAGUGUGCAUUGAACGGGCCACUCGCUUGGUGAAGUCCCAGCAGAGCGCAGGCAAAGAGUAUGUGGGAAUUGUCCGGCUGCACAAUGCUAUCGAAGGGGGGACUCAGCUUUCUAGGGCCCUAGAGACCUUGACAGGUGCCUUAUUCCAGCGACCCCCGCUCAUCGCUGCAGUAAAGAGGCAACUCCGAGUGCGGACCAUCUACGAGAGCAAGAUGAUUGAGUAUGAUCCUGAAAGGAGACUAGGAAUCUUCUGGGUGAGUUGUGAGGCCGGCACUUACAUUCGGACGCUGUGUGUACACCUUGGUUUGUUACUGGGAGUUGGUGGUCAGAUGCAGGAACUCCGGCGGGUUCGUUCCGGAGUCAUGAGUGAAAAGGACCACAUGGUGACGAUGCACGACGUGCUGGAUGCCCAGUGGCUGUAUGACAACCACAAGGAUGAGAGUUACCUGCGGCGAGUUGUUUACCCUUUGGAAAAGCUGUUGACAUCUCAUAAACGGCUGGUCAUGAAAGACAGUGCAGUGAACGCCAUCUGCUACGGGGCGAAGAUCAUGCUCCCGGGCGUCCUCCGAUACGAGGACGGCAUUGAAGUCAAUCAGGAGAUUGUGGUCAUCACCACCAAAGGGGAAGCCAUCUGCAUGGCUGUUGCAUUAAUGACCACGGCAGUGAUCUCCACCUGUGACCAUGGUAUCGUAGCUAAGAUCAAGAGAGUGAUCAUGGAGAGAGACACUUACCCUCGGAAGUGGGGUUUAGGUCCAAAAGCAAGUCAGAAGAGGCUGAUGAUCAAGCAGGGCCUUUUGGACAAGCACGGCAAGCCCACGGACAGCACGCCUGCCGCUUGGACACAGGAGUAUGUGGACUACAGCGAUUCUGCCAGGAAAGAUGUCAAAGCGCCCCAGGUAGUUGCCGAAGCAGUCAAAGCCCCAAAGCGGAAGCGAGAGAGUGAAAGUGAUGAAACCUCUCCAGUGGCUCCCCAGUUGGUCAAGAAGGAAAAGAAGAAGAAGAAAGACAAGAAGGCCAGAGCUGCUCCGGAGAGUGCGGACGAGCCGGGAGAUGGGGACAGUGACACCACCAAAAAGAAGAAGAAGAAGAAGAAAAUAAAAGUGGAAAUCUUUUGAGUAGUGGACGCCACUUGAAGCACUGUGUCCAGGUGGGAGGAGGAAUUAAAGCCUUAUUGAGAAAACAUAACUACGUUUGUUCUUGAGGGAAUGAACCUGAGAUCCCAGAAAGGGCGGAGAGUCUGGCGCAUUGGAGCAGCUGCUGUGACCUUGCUGACGUCCCCUGGCGCGGUCAUCCCACCUUGUCCUGUUUUAAGGACCCCAGUAAAGGGGGCGGGUUCGGCGCCACCUGCUUCUCUGCCCAAGAGAGUUGGAGUGUCUCCCCUUCAGACCCAGCACUGCCCAGUGAGCGUCUGCAGCUGUUUCCUGGGGGCCGUUUUAACAUCAUGGGCCUCUCCUAGUUUGCUUCCCCCUUCCCUCAUCAAAAAAGUUUAUAAAAAUUAAAAGUCUGCUCGCAAAAUGGUAUAGGGCAAGUAAAAAAAAAUAUAACUGAACCAUGUUUUUAAUUGAGGGGUAAUCUUUUUAACAGUGUCGUGUGAGGACUCCAGUGUCAGUCGCCUCUGUCACCCCGUAUUUCCCUUCUAGAUGGAGGCCUGGCCAGGGGCUCUGUCGUUCCAUCUUGUGAGUUAUUUCCAGUCACUUCUUCACUGCUUGUGUAUAUAGGCACCACUUCAGGCACCUAAAUCCCUCUGGCUGUUUGUGAGAGAAUCCCCAAAAAACAUGUCUCCAUUCUUUGUUUUAAUCAAUUAGUUUCAUUGCUGGGAGAAGGUUGUAAUUUUUACUUAUUAAAGUUUACUUAUGAAAUUUUUAAAGUA